UACCGGCGCGCCACGAACGCACGCGAGCGCAGGUCGCAGCCGCAAUCGGAGCGCGCGCGGCACCAGCACGCGGAAGUACGGUCCCGGACCGCGAAGGAAACGUACCGCGCGCGCGCGUGCGCGGACAACGUGUUUCGCACCCGAUCCUGCCGGCCAACGUAACCAGUAAAAAAGGAAAUAUGGCUUUAGUUUUCAAUUACGAUAGUGUGUUCGAAAGAGCUGACACUUGGGAUACUGAAGAAAGAUGUAUAUUUUUUGAUGGGAUAGCGACAGAAACAUUAAAUUUCGUAUAUAUAUCAUGCAAAUGUGAAAAACGUUUAAAACCUGAAUCUCAUGAUGAUUAUUUUAUACCGUUGAGCGAUCCGAGAUCUGCGAAGUGUGGCGAUCCGGUCUGUCGAAAAAAAAGGAACUUUAAAGUGCAUGUUUUGUGAUGAAGUGUAUUGCAGAGCUUGUAUAAAGACGCAUUGUAUUUUUAAGAGGCACAAUGCAAAGAUUCGAACGUAUUUAAUGCCAUACCCUGCUACAGAGAAAAUAAUUUUUCCUUGCUACAACUGUAAACUUGAUGACAAAUGCGCCGAGUAUUAUUGCACUCAACACUCUAACUUUGUGUGCUCAACAUGUAAAUUUCGCUUUCACUCUGGACACAAUUGCAAAGUCAUUAUAUACAUCGGAAAUGAAAUGAAGUUAAUAUUUCAAUCAAGUAUAAUUUGGAACGGAACGGACAACGAUACAGAUCAAUAUACAUCAACAAAUCCAAACGAAAACUGUGACUCGGGUCGUGUACCUAUACCGAAGUCAACACGGUUUAUGGAUUAUAUACCAGCAACAACUUCUACAAAUAGGAAGGUGUUGAUUAAAAAUCGUGGUAAAUAUUAUCCGCCACCGCCUUCUGCUGCAGAAAUCGACCCGAUAAUAGUGUGCGCAUGCUGCGGUCGCAAAGCCGAAACAUCGGUUAAAUGUUUUUCAUGUAAGAGAUCUUAUCACCGUAGAUGUCAUAUCCCUUCACUUCCGGAAGAGACCACCGACGAUGCACCUAUGGCAAAAUGGAAAUGUACAAUGUGUAUAAAUAUCACUAAACUCAAGUCUGCAAAUACUCCUGAUGAAAACAGACACCGUCAUGCAGGAAGUUUUUCGCUUAGUCCGAUCAAAAAGAAGAUCGCCGAACGCAUACUUAUGGAAUUGUAUUGCCGAGGUCAUGACAGUCAACAUUACGAAGAGUGCCCUGAUCGACAAAAGAAUCCUCAGUACUAUCAAAUUAUUGCUAGGCCCAUAUCGUUAAAUGCCGUGAGGAACCAUCUAAAUUCCGAUAUGUAUACGUCAUUCGGCGGCAUCGUUGAAGAUUUGAAUAUGGUGUUUUCGAACGGCUUGCUUUAUUAUUGGCCAGGUGAUGCACGACGCAAUGCGGCUAUGAACCUUCAGGAUUCGUUGAGGCGAAUGCUUCGAGAAUGGAUGCCGGCAAGUAAACGGUCUAAAUGAAACGAUCUGGAUGAGACCAUACUAAUAUAAUAUUCGGAUGUUUACACAGUUUUCAUAACGUUAAGCCUUUCGCAAUUAUUAUUUUUAUUUAACGACAGUUGUGUAUUGCACUGGUUAUUAUUUUUUACGCAUUUUCUAAAAACUAUUGUGUUCAGUAGCGAUAAAUGUAGUGUCUUACAGUGUAUUUAAUAGAACGAUGAUGUGUUCCUGCAUUGUCACUUGGUGGGAGGGGGGGUAUUGGGUGAACAAACAAUACUACCCGGUACCUUUUUUUUUUUUUUUAAUUGUUUAUAAACGUUAAGUUUUUAUUUAUUCCAGUGCGAUGCAUAAUUACAAAACAUAUAUAAAUAUAGUUUGUACUUCCACAAGCUUAUUUUUUUGCAUACAUCGCACUUAUCCUUUACGAGCAUCCGACCUGAUGUGUCCAGUACAAAUAAUUUGUAGUUUUAUUA